AUGUCAGAAGGAGACGGUGGCGUAAUCCCAGAUAGCACUUUGAUUGAUGCUAAAACUAAAAAUAUCAAUUUAGAAAUUGCAGCUCGCGAGCCAUGGCCAGAAACUGCAACAUUAUAUUUACCAUUGAAAGAUCAAUUAGUCGUUUGGUCAUCUGAAUGUUUAGCAACAUUGUGUUUAUUACGAAAAGCACUUGUACCGUCACUGCGUCUCGAACAUGUACGAAAUGCAGCUGAAAUGUCAAACAGUGGAAUUCCACCAGUUUUAAGUUUAAACAAUCGUAUUUUUAGUGAAUUUGAUGAAAUUGCCGAUUUAUUAGAGUUAAAGGGUUUAUUAAGUGAAAAUGGCAGAAAUACUGAUGUACGUACAUGGUCUACGAGUUACUCGAUAUUGUGUACAGAAGUUAUUCGUGGUCUAAUGAAUUAUUUUUUGAUAUCGACUAAAACUGGUUUAGUACGUACAUGCACGUCUAAAUUUGAAACAACUAUAAAAGCCUUGUCGGAAAAAAUUCAAAACAAUCAAGGAUAUUUACUUAGUCAAGAUUUCACUCGAGCUGAUGCACAUCUCUACGGUUGUAUAUAUUCGAUUUUAAAUUUAAAUAUAAUGGAAUAUAAUGAAUUGAAUAAUAUAAUUCAUCGAUAUCAACCAUUGAUUGAGUAUGUCAGAAAAAUUGAUAGAUUUGUUCAGGGUUUUUCGGUAAUAGAUAGUAUUAGUGGACAUUAUACCAAUACAGUUGGAAGCAUUUAA